AUGAAAUCUGCUUCACCUUUUGUGUCUCCUCCAGCAGCAGCAGCAGCAGCAGAAGCAUCAGCAGCAGCAGCAGCAGCAGCAACAGCAGCAGCAGCAGCAGCAGCUUGUGGGGUCGUCGGGCGGCUACCACUGAGCUCACUUUCAGGUGUACAGGCAGCUCCUGCCGACUUGCUGCUGCAGCAGAUGUCCUGCUGCAGUGAAAACGAAACAAAAAACAAAAACCAAGAAACAAAAGAAAAAGAAAAAGAAAAACAAAAAGAAGAAACAGAAACAGAAAAAGAAAAUAAAGAAAAAGAAAAGAAAGAAAAAGAAAAAGAAGAAAAAGAAAAAGAAAAAGAAGAUGUGGGGUUUAUAACAUUUGAGCCUCCCUCUGUCUGCGUAAUAGAUAUGUUGCUGCUGCAGCAGGAGCAGCAAACCAGCAGCAGCAGCAGCAGCAGCAGCAGCAAUCUGCUGCUGCUAGGGGCUGAGGCAUUUGGGGCCCCCAGCUGCCCCUGGAAGGGACUCCUCGCUUCAGGUGCUGCUGCUGCUGCUGCUCCUGCUGCUGCUGCUGCUGCUGCUCCUGCAGCAGCAGCAGCAGCACCAGCGGCAGCAGCAGCACCAGCAGCAGCAGCAGCAGCAGCAGCAGGAGCAGCAGCAGCAGCAACGCCACAUUCAGUAUCCAGCAGCGACGAACCCAAUGAAGACUCAGACGCCCCAAAAGGAAACCACAGCAGCAGCAGCAGCAGCAGCAGGAGCAGGAGCAGCAGUGGCGUUGCAUCUAGGGUUUGUGUGUCGGAUGUAUCUGGCGGGUGUAUAAGCACCUGCUUGCCCCCAUCAGAGUUUAUAGUCCCCUGGGGUUUAGGGGGGCAGCUCAUCGGCCCGAAAGGAGAAAACAGAAAAAGAUUGAUGCAGAGGACGGGCGCUUUCUCUGCUGUUAUUAACGCUAAACUCAAGGCAAGAGGGGCCCCGACGGGCGGCUGUGGAGGAGGGUACUGGUGGGGGGCCCCCUUGCUGCUCGCAUGCAAAUGGCAGCAGAAAUAUAUCGUUUGCUGCAGCAGCAGGAGAGUGCAGCAGCAGCAGCAGCAGCAGCAGGCAGCAGCAGCAGCAGCAGCAGCAGCACCGAAGCUAACAAAAGCUCAAGCAAAAGCUAUUGCUACUAACCCGGCGGUCCCCCUGGCGCAGUGCCUCCACCUGCAGGCGAUCACGCAAACCCCCCGCCCCUGCAUCAUCACGGAGAACUUCUGGCUUCGCGCUGUUUCUGAUGCUGCAGCAAUGUGGCUGCAGCUGUCUCUAAACCUCAGCAUUCAGUUCCCGUCUGGUUUUUCUUUGCUGCUGCAGCUGCAGCAGCAGCAGCAGCAGCAGCAGCAGCAGCGGCAGCAGCAGCAGCAGCAGCAGCAGCAGCAGGGUUUAAUUAGGCAUAUUUAG